AUGGGUUUUGUGAGGAAGUGUAAGAGAGUAUGGGGAAACAAAAACAGGUUGCAUCCAGAACACAGUUACAAAAAGCAAAGAGAUAAUACUAAGAAACCACCAAUUAAUGGUUGUGUUUGUGUCUAUGUUGGAGAUGAGAGACAAAGAUUUAUAAUCAAGAUCAAAAUAUUCAACCACCCUUUGUUCAAAACUCUUUUAGAAGAUGUUGAGAAUGAAUAUGGAUAUGGAAAGGAAGGUCCUCUAUGGCUUCCUUGUGAUGUUGAAUUUUUCUGUGAAGCACUUGAGGAGAUAGAGGGUUCUGUGGAUGAGAUGAGUUUUGUUGGUUGCAAUUUUCCAAUGAGUCAUAAAUUUAGUCCAGUUCAUAAUUAUCAGGUUUUGGUAUGA